UGUACCUUUCGAACCUUUCAACGAUUGAUCAUUACUCUUUGAACAAUAGUUGAUAAACACCAAGCAUUUCCUGUAACAGAAGAAGGAAUGAGAUCAAUUGUCUUUGUAGGCACCACAGCGUUAUCUCUAUAACUGGCCCUUUUAAUGGUCCGCUUCCCUGAGAAAUGCAUUUUAUGAUAGAGCGCAACAACAUUUGAGCAUCCCCAUCACUAUUCUACUUGUGUUAAUAGUCAUAUCCAUACCUAAAAAUACCUAAAAAUUCCAUUUAUUGAGAAUCUGAGGCUUACACGACAACAAUGGCAGUUUUUAUCCACGUCAUCCGUCAUGCGCAGGCCGACCACAACGUAUCUGGCUCGGGCAUUGCAGACCCUCCCCUAAACCCCGCCGGCAUGAAGGAAUGCGAAUCCCUGCGAAUAGACACUGGCGUGCUGAUAGCGGACCGGAUCGUCGCAAGUCCCAUGAACCGCACCAUCAUGACGGCGAUUCACGGAGUCACCCAAGACCCAAAUCGCAAGGUCAAGAUCGAGCUCAUGCCUGAGCUGCAGGAGAUCAGCGCCACACCGAGCUGCGUGGGCUCGCCCGCAUCAGAGCUCAAGAAGAUGUAUAAGGACGACGACGUCGAUUUCGAGGGCUUGGACGAGUACUGGUACAUCAAGGAUGACAACACCCCGUUCGCGCCGGACCCCGCCAAGGUCGAGCAGCGCGCGAAGCUGGCGCGGCAGAAGCUGCGGAAGAUCGGCCGCGAGGAGGUCGCCCGCGGCAAUGAUAAUGUGCACAUCGCGGUGGUCACGCACGGCGAGUUCGUGCACUGGCUGACGGACGACUUCAUCGGGUUUCCGGUUGCGGGGCGGAACACCGGGUGGUCCAACUGCGAGGCCCGCGUGUACGAGAUCACGAACCUGGACGCGGAAGACGACGAAGAUGUCGUGAUGGUCGAGGUCCCGCAGAGCAGGGAGAGACGCCUCGCGACGGAUGAUGGGGUCGAUACUCCGGCGAGGCGCGCGGAGCAGGCGAAGGAAAAGGAGACCGCGAAGAGCUAUGUGAUGAGGCAUGCUGACAUAGCCCUGAUGGAGCAGGCUAAGACGGCUUGGUGGAAUCAUUGGAAUCAGCCCUCUGAUGUUGAUGAUGCUGCUGAUGAUGAUGAUGACGAAUAGAGAAUAGAUGCCUUCUGUUAGGUAUGCCUGGCGUAUCCCAGCUACUAGGGAGUGGAUGUCAUACUGCAUAUAGACUUGGCAAGGAGUUGAAUUACUUUUACAAAG